AUGGCGGAGAGACUCACAGACGAGCAGGUCGCCGACGUGCUGACGAUCCUGCGCAAGGAUGUCGCCGUCGACUCCAAAGUCCAGGUCGUCACCGCCGCCAAGUCGGCCAUCAAGCAGCACAAUGUGCCCGACACCUGCGUCGCGCCGCUCUUCGACGCCUUGCGCCUGGCCUCGUCCUCCCAGCACUCGGCCCUCGUCAACGCCGGCUUCACCGCGCUCAACCACCUGCUCACGCGCCUGUCGCGCCAGGAGCCAAAGUUCCUCUCCCGCGAGGCCAAGAGCACCAUGCCCUUGAUUGUCGAGAAGAUGGGCGACCAGAGGGACAAGCUGAGGGCCCUCGCCGUGCAGGCCAUGUCAACCAUGUACGGAGCCAUACCCGCCGAGGCCGAGCGAUACGUGCGCAACUUUGCCAUGGUCGGCAAGAACCCCAGAGCCAAGGAGUCGGGCAUGCAGUGGUUAUUACAGAUGCACCAGGAACACGGAUUACAGUUCAGGGGCUACGUCCCGACCCUCAUGGAGCUCUUGGAGGACGCAGACGGCAUGGUACGCGAUGCCGCCAGGGCCACUGUCAUCGAACUGUUCCGGGGAGCACCAAACGCCGCCAAGUCGGAUCUAAAGAAACAGCUCAAGAACUUCAAGGUCCGCCCAGCAAUCGAGGCUGCCAUUGUGAAGGAACUGGCACCGACACCCGCCUCGAGAAUAGAAGCAGACACACGGCCCGACUCUGCGCCUUUGGUACGACCAAACCUCGCCGCAAGCAUGUCAUCGCUUGCCAGCGAGAGGCCGAUCACACCGAUGACUGCCGAGGCCAAGGCCGACUCCGUCGAACCGAGUUACGUCAACACGCAGCGCGAGCUGGACGACAUAUUCAGAGAGAUGCACGGCUGGUUCGAAGGCCGCGAGACGGAACAGAACUGGCUGAAGCGCGAAGAAAGUGUCACGAAACUGCGCAGGCUUCUAGCCGGCAACGCGUCUGACUUUCCCGACGCCUUUCUCGUGGGUUGCAAGAAUCUACUGGACGGGAUUAUAAAGGCCGUCACGUCACUGAGAACAAGUCUGUCAAAGGAAGGGUGUGUCCUGGUCCAGGACAUUGCGAACACUUUCGGCCCGGGAAUGGAUCCCAUGGUCGAACUGUUCAUGCAGACGUUCAUCAAACUAGCCGCUGCCACCAAGAAGAUCGCCUCACAGCUGGCCAACACCACCGUUGAUACCAUUAUAGGCCGAACCACAUACACUGCUAGGAUCAUGCAACACAUGUGGGGAGCCUGUCAGGACAAGAACGUGCAGCCACGAAUGUAUGUCACUGGUUGGCUGAGGACCUUGAUCAAGAAAGAAGCGCACCACAAAAACCAUCUCGAGCAUGGCGGUGGGCUUGAAUUGAUGGAGAAAUGUCUUAAGAAAGGCCUGGGAGACGCGAACCCUGGUGUCAGGGAGCAAAUGCGAGCAACGUACUGGGCCUUCUCGGCCGUGUGGCCGACCAGGGCUGUAGCAAUCAUGGACGGCCUUGAGAUGACGGCUCAGAAGCUACUCCUCAAGGAUCCCAACAACCCGGACAAGCCAUCGGCCAAGACUGACCCCCUGCCACGCCCUGGAAUGGGCCUUUCCAAGAGCACCAUGGGCGCCAGCUCCAAGACUUCGCUGAGGGAAACCAUGAUGGCUCAGAAGAGGGCUUUGGCUGCCAAAAAUCUGCCACCGCGUCCGGGAUCUGCAAUGGCCGCAGUAUCACCCGUCCGAACGACCUCAAAUGUGUCGAGCAUGUCAGCCUCUUCUUCAGCCACCGCUCCUGGAACUAGAGCGAGAGCAGAGACGUCGAGCAAGGCUCCUGGUGGUAUUUCCGCAGCGCCCAUGAGGCCUGCAAGGCGACGGCCAGAGAUGGCACCUCGGCCUGCUACUGCCGGGCCCUACUCUGGGCGGAAUCACGACAUUCGGUCCAGCCCACCUGACGUCAAGUCUAAAACUAUCACGCCCAAAACCAUCUCGGGCUCGCCUAGAAGGACAGCGCCGAGACCUCGGCCAGGACAUCAACCUACCCAUAGCGAAUCAAGUGUUCACUCCCCGUCGAAGCCCAUUGCCAAGACUGCGCCUGCCGCUGUUGCGUCUCCUAAGAGCAGUCCUGCAAAGCCCAAGGCCCAGCCUGCAGUCAAUGGUUUACUUUCAAGCAGCCUUUCGAACGCAAACGAAAACGAAGACUUGACACUGGUUGUCCCGAGCAUCGCAAGUUUAACAGAAGGUUCGGAAUCGGCACCAGAUGUCCCUGCCAUAGUGGAAGAUGCCCCAGAGGAGCCCAGGGAAUCAGUUGAGAACGUGGGCGAAGCAGGGAUACGGACACCCUCUCGGACUCCUACGCAGACUCCUUCUCAGACGCCUGUACAGAGCCCUUCAAAGACCCUCAAGGUCUACGAGGAUCCCUUCACAGAAGACCAAACGACACCCCGCCCAGCUGUCAACGACAGUCCUGUGCGUCCUGUUCUCGAAGACAAGCCAGUCAACGAGGAUGCCGCCAAGCUUUCUCUUGCGCAGGGUGAGCCUGCCGCGUCUCCGACGGCCAUUUCAACACCCGAAAAGACCACUCAAAACCGCCUGCUCGAUAGUGGUAUCAAGCGUGUCAAGGCUCAGAGCCUGGACGUUCAUGGUUUCCGGAAACUACAGUCGUUACUGAGAGACGAAAGGGCGAUGCUCAGCGAUGACAAAUUCGACGCCUUGCUCAAUGGGCUUUUCGAGUAUCUCGAAUCACCUCUGGAGAGCAUAGCUCCCGAAAAGGUCCAGGAUGUCAAAACGCAGGUUCUUUCGACCAUCAAGCUUCUCCUCAAGAAGUCUCGCGACAGCUUUCAACCCCACGUGUCACCUGGUCUUGAUGCCCUCCUAGCUUCGCGCGCGGGCUACGAUGCACGUACACACAUUGUCAGCGGCCUAGAGCUUCUAGCCCAGGAACUUGUCAAGAUCGGUGACCCACCUACCAUCGCUGUCUCCAUGACCCGUCGUCUGGGGCCCCUACUUGAGAAGACUGACGCGCGCAGUGGCCGAAGUCUGAGCAUGGGUUUGCACAUCUUGAAGCAACUGAUCGAGAGCAGACCAGAGUUUUCACCCAAUGACUCCGAACUAGACGGUCUUUCGAGCCUCGCGUUGAGAUGCCUGGAGAGCAAGGAGAGCGGUGUGCGUAUGGAUGCCGUGCACCUCUGCGUGGAACUUCACGCCAAAGUUGGCGAGCAACAAUUCUGGGACAGGAUGCAAAGCGUCAAAGACGACCCCAAGAGCCUGAUCACGUACUAUAUUGUCAAGCGUCAGCGUGAGGGCGGCGCACUACAUUAG